UAAAUCGGCCCAAUCUAAAGGUUAGUAGCGUCUUUUCAUACUCUAGGGUUUAAUUUAGUUUAUGAACCCUAAAUUCUCAAUUUUGAAGCUUGAGCGUGCCGAUUGUUUGGGAGGAAGCGGAAAUCGUAGCAGCGAAGACAACAAUGCCUAAGCAAAUUAAUGAGAUUAAAGACUUCCUCCUCACAGCCAGGAGGAAGGAUGCACGCUCCGUGAAAAUCAAGAGAAGCAAAGAUGUGGUCAAGUUCAAGGUUCGUUGCUCCAAGUAUCUGUACACACUUUGUGUGUUUGAUACUGAGAAAGCUGAUAAGUUGAAGCAAUCACUUCCUCCAGGUUUGAAUGUGCAAGACUUGUAAUUCUAUCUGGUUAAAUGUGUACUGAAGAUCAAAUUUUGCUUUGGAGUCGUGAUUUACAAAUAUAUUUUUGUUUUGUUGUUGAUUAUUUGCUUAUGAUUCUCAUUAUGAAUGAUGCAACUCUGUUUUCUUGUCUUAAUACUGUUUCACUUUCACCUUUAUUUUUAAUCAAUUAGACCUCUAAUCUUUAUCUUUC